ACUUCCGGAUGGGAGCCGAAACUUCUUGAUUCUGAAAACAGUGUCCAGAUGACUACGACUGAAACCUUUUCUACUAUAGAACACUCCUGGACGAAUAAGGGACUACACCGUCUUAUUACUGGGUAAUUAAAACACGCAAGAAGCACACAUGAUAAAUAGAGCAAACAAUACACAAUCUAAAAAAACAGCAUACUACGUCAAAACAUGGCCACAAUGAAACGAUGCAUGAACGAUGGUUUAAAAAGAAAUCAAAUAAUCAUAACCAUAAAACCCUAAAACUGUGUGAACUCUGAAACAGGUGAAGCUGCUGAUAAAAAACAAUAAAUAACAGGAAAUGAUCCUCCUAUCCAAUUUCACGGCGUCAGAUGGUUACUAAGGCUACGAGACUGAACACAAACGCCCCGUGACGCAUGUUGACAGCUUCGCUCCUUACCUCCACACUGUGUUUUGUUUUUUACUUAUUUAAAAAAAGACCUUUUUUCGUCGGCUCCAGACCAAACAUGGAGGACUACGAGAAGGUUUUGUGUUUGGGCAGGGGAGGAGCAGCAGACGUGUUCCUGAUGAGGCACGCGAAGCGCAAGAGCCUGCACGCAGUGAAGAGGAUCAAAGUAGAGGACACGAGGACAGCAGAAAAGCAGAGGGCAAUUCUGCAAGAGGCUGAAAUCAUUAGGCGACUGCAGCACCCUCACAUAGUAAAAUGCAGUGAUGCCUUUGUGAACUCUGAAGAUGGAUUCAUUUACAUUGUGAUGAACUACUGUGAUGGUGGGACAUUAGAUGAUAAAGUUAAAGAGAGGAAACCAAAGGAGUUUUUCACAGAGGAUACAGUGAUGGGGUGGUUUGUACAGGUCGCUAUGGCUGUAAAUUACAUACACACGGCUAAAAUACUACACAGGGACAUCAAAACCUCAAAUGUACUGCUGACAAAGCAAGGCAUGGUGAAGUUAGGGGACUUUGGGAUAUCCAGAGUGAUGACCAACACAGCUGAUAUGGCUUCCACAUGUGUUGGGACACCCAGCUACCUCAGUCCUGAGCUUUGCCAGGAUGUCCCAUAUAGCUCCAAGUCUGAUAUCUGGGCUCUUGGCUGUCUGCUGUAUGAGAUCUGUGCUCUCAGACCUCCGUUUGCAGCCACAAACCUCCUGAGUCUGUUCUACAAGAUCACCAAAGGAGAGUACGAUCCUGUGCCUAACGUCUACUCUGACAACAUCUCCUCUUUGAUCCAGAGGACGCUCUGCCUCAACCCAGAAAGCAGGCCAAGCGCUGCCUGUAUACUUAGCAGUGCCUAUGUGCAAGAUCACCUAGAGUCUAUCAAACACACAGAGACUGAAUGUGUUCCUGUGACUGAAUCAGACACUGACGCCACACUACUGCCAGAUGUUCUCAGUCAGUCCCACUCAUGGGAAGAGAAAGAACACAAUAUGGAGGCCAGAUCCAGUGAUGUGGAGGAGGAAGAUCACGAUGCGUCGUGUGUUGGAGGACAAAACCACUGCGACUGCCACUACCCUGAGGACUUUGACGAAGAUGAAAGUUUGUCCUCGCUUGAGGAGCACAGUGAACACUCAGGGUCGCCAAUGAGGAGCGAUUCUGCUGAGCCUAUUGAGGCUCCUGAUGUCUUAGAUCAAGUUGAGUAUCCAGAUGACUUUGAGGAAGCCGAGGUGGAAGAAGAACAUGAAGACGAAGCAGCCUUAGUUCACACUGCUGCUCCACAGCAGCCACAGGAUGAACAGGAGGAGGAGUUUCAGCUCUGUGAUGCUGGAGGAUUGACUAUCACCCUGAAAGCAUUGAAGGAAAAGGGCUAACCUUACAUUGCAAUGGACCGCAAUGUGAAAUAAAGGGACCUUCACAGCUGGAACAGUGAAAUAUCUGUUAAGUGCCGUGUUUGUUAAGUGUUUCAUGCAGCUGCUUUUAAAAAGGACAACAUCAGGCUUUCUAUGUUUGAGAAAACAUCUGCUGCUGCAGUUUAAGCUAAACUGAAAGCUGACCAUUUGGGAACCUGCUGCCUCCCAGUACAUUUACUACACACCAAGAGACGUCGCAGGGCUGAAAUAAGUUGUUGUUUUACUGCUAGAUGAUGUUCAAAACACUUGGUGGAGCUAGAGAGAAUGAAUGAAGUCCUGCUCAGUGCUGCUGUUCAGUGACAUGAAUAUUUCUGAAUGAGGUUCCUGAUUAGCGUCAUAAGGAGUGAUGGUAAUGAUGAAUACAGCAUUUGUGACUAGAUUAUUUUAUAAAAUAGGAAUUUAAUUUUAUGUUCAACACAAACUUGUACAAUGUCUAGGAUCACUAUGAUAUUUUAUCUUUAUUUUUCUGUAAAAAUAGCAGUAGUUUUCCUAACUUGUAAACUACAUAUAACAUUUCACAUCAUGACUAUCAAAAAGUUCCAAAAGGUCCAAAUGUUUAAUUUGGAUUCACAACUUUUUUCAUAUCUUUUACAUGUCCUAAAACUUCAUACUGUAAGUUUGAUCUGUCAGUGUUUUUGUCUAUUUUCCAUCAGGGUUUGUCUUUGCUUCAAAAUGAGAGAAAAGCACAAUUAUUGCAUGCAACUAGGCCUUCAAAGGAAGUAUGUGGUAUAUGUCACUUACCACAAAAAUAACUAAAAGAAAGGUACAAACCAAGAGUAAGACACAUUUAUAUUUUGUGGAUUGUGAAUACAGUGCUGUUUUUGAUCACUUCAUUCAAGGCUUUAAUGGUAAGUUGUCUGAUUUUGUCAUUGAGCCUUUUAAUGUAUUUUACUGAUGCAAUAAACUCUGUUGCCCCAACACAAAGUAAGCAGAA